AGAGCACAAGAAAACAGAGUUAGGAGGCAUAUAGCAUCAAGGUCAUCAUGAAAAGCCUGAGUUUCCACUUUUGUGUGUUGAUCAUCUUUGGAAGCCUCCUCAUCCCAGCCAUCUGCCAUGGUCAUGACUCCCACUCCCAGAAGCCCCAUAAACAUGUGCCAUUGUUCGUCUUUGGUGAUUCUCUCUUCGACCCAGGCAACAAUUUGUACCUUAACACUAGCCACAAGGAGGCAUCAGCUUACUGGCCAUAUGGGGAAACCUUCUUCAAGCGGCCUACUGGCAGGCUUUCUGAUGGCCGUUUAGUCCCUGAUUUUAUAGCGGAGUUCAUGGAGCUUCCACUGACCACAGCAUAUCUGCAACCUGGCACACAUAGAUUCACCCAUGGAUCCAACUUUGCUUCUGGUGGAGCAGGUGUUCUUGCUGAUACUCAUCCUGGAACAAUAAGUCUCCCACUGCAGCUGAGCUAUUUCAAGAAUGUGGUGAAGCAAUUGAAACAGAAGCUAGGUGAAGUGAAGACCAAGAAGCUACUGAUGAGAGCUGUUUAUUUGUUCAGCAUUGGUGGCAACGACUACUUCGGCUUCUACAUGAAAAAUCAGAAUGCUUCCCAAUCCUCCCAGACACAAUUUGUUGGAAUGGUGAUUCGCAAUUUGACAAAUGCCCUUGAAGAAAUAUACCAAAUUGGAGGUAGAAAAAUUGCAUUUCAGAAUGUAGGGCCUCUGGGUUGUGUACCUACAAAUAGAGCAAAAACCGGAAAUGGUGCCUGCGCUGAAGAAGCCUCUGCAAUGGCAAAAAUGCAUAAUGCAGCUCUUGCCAAUGUCCUCAAGAACUUGCAGACCCGCCUACCCGGAUUCAAAUACUCGAUCUUUGAUUACUACAACACACUCAGUGAUAAAAUAAACCACCCUUCAAAAUAUGGUUUCAAAGAAGGCAAAAGCGCAUGCUGUGGGAGUGGGGCAUACAGGGCAAAUAACUGUGGAGGACAAGGUGUUGGAGGAACAACAACAAAGUUUGAAUUGUGUAGCAUUCCUGGAGACCAUGUCUGGUUUGAUGGUGGGCACACCACUGAAAGGGCUAAUAGGCAAUUGGCUGAGCUACUGUGGAAUGGAACUCCCAAUUGCACAGCACCUCACAAUAUCAAGCAGCUCUUUGGACACAUGGAGUAGGAGAUUUAGAUCAUAUUACCUAUAGAGAUCCCUAGUACUUUUUUGUUGCUAGAUAUUUCUUUACUGGAGAUGGUCUUGGAGUUUUAUGAUGUACUGUGUAUCAUAUGUUAGAUUUCUCUAUUUUAAUAAAUAAAUACUCUUUUACAUGGAGCUACAAAACA